CCUGUAUCGCCCCGCACCUUACCGCAGUCUACCUUUGGUCUUCUAAGUGCGCGGUACUGUGCGCCAGUUAGAGCGUAUACCGCGAAACUAGAAUUACACAAAGCAUGAAUUAAAAUCGUUGCUAAAUAAUUGUACUGUUUCGUAGUUUAAAAUUCAUCUCAGUGUCAGUGACCCAGUUCCCAGUGAUAUUUGUGUUGUGCUUUAAUCUUCCAACUGUUUAGAAUGCGGUGUAUAGGCAUGAGUGGAGUGAAGUGAGGGGCGAUUGGGGCGCAAUGAGCGCUCCAGAACCUUUAGUGCUUCAGGCGCUCCAGGGGUUCACCCAGGAGAGCGACAAGUGGCCUGGACCACGAGUUGUCAAGAUUUACAUUGCAUCCCUCUAUAAUGAUUUCCGCGAAGAAAGGCGUCAAACUUUGGAGUUGGUGGGUCCAGAGUUGCAGUCAACAUAUGAUGAUCGAUGCAUUGAGGUCGAGUUCGUGGAUAUGCACUAUGGAACCGACGGAGGCGACGAGACUAAUCCCGCUUUGCUUAGAUAUCAUCUAGAUGAGAUAAGAUGCUGUAAUCGGAACUCCAAAGCUGGUUAUUUCCUGUGUAUUAUUGGAGGUGAAGCAGUGUCCUAUCAACCUGUGCUGCCCUUCAGGAUUGCCAAGGACAUAUUUGAACAGCUGGUGAAAUCUGAGUCACCCCAAGCCGCACUCGUUCGCGCCUGCUACAGAUGUAAUGGAGAUGAUUACAAACUAGAUGGUGAUGACAAAUGGUACAGCAACUUAAUGGAAAGAGAAACGGAGCGACAGCGUCUCUCAACGGUUCAGAAAGCAUUUAAUACACUAGUACUAGAAGCCCAUGACAGUGGCCUAGAUGUAGCAGAUUUAUUGCGAAGCCCCGUUGAAAUACAGUGCGAGCUUGCUUUAGAGCUUCUUAACACGGGUAAACACCCAAAAGGUUUAAUAGUUGCGCAUAGAGAACUUUCCGCGUUGGAACCGGAUGAUAGUAAAUUAACAAUUAUAGCACAUUCUCGGUUAAAAGCUCUUCAAAAGAGGAUUGAAGAUGUUCUACCCGAAACUCAUGUUAUUUAUCUCGAACCUUCAUCAGCGGAUUCGUCAAGAACAGAUGCUGCAUCAGACAGUGAAGAAAAAUUAACGCCAUUCAGGCAAAAGCUGCAAGAUGCUGUCAGUGUGCUGAUUGAUGAAAGCCUUAGCACAGAACCCGAUCAGGGAAAGGGGAGAAAAAAGACUGUUCAAGAAGUGUUUUUGGAACACAUAACACAUCUAAGGAUAUGUUUAGAACAACAUCAGAAAUAUCAACUUACAGUUAAACACAUAAAACAAGUAGCCGAAAGCAUACUAAACAAUGCCAAAGAGAACUACGAAAAUAAAUCAAGACACCCACCCGUACUCAUACACGGACCAGAUGCGUCUGGGAAAAGUACAUUACUAACGCAUUUGUACUACAAGUGCGAGGAGAUAUUUCCAAAACCAGUUCUAAGGAUAAUAAGAUUCUCAGCUUCAACGCCGAGAUCCGCAUACAACUUAGAGCUUUUGAGAGUUAUGUGCCAACAAGUGUCUAUUAUUCUGAACAUUCCAGAGGGCUACUUGCCGAAAGACGCAAGUUUCGACCCGUUGUACAUAAACAAUUGGUUCCAAGGUUUGCUCAAACGCUGCGAGGAAAUGGAAAAUCAAAUAUUAUUAAUAUUCAUAGACAAUGUACAUAGAGUGAAUCCCUUGGAAUGUGACAUUGUUACCGGCCUGUCAUGGCUUCCAAUGUCCUUGCCGAGAAAUGUAUUUUUAGUCUGCACUAGUGCAGUAUCGUUAGAUCAAUUGCAGCUAACUCCAGCUCAGAAGGAGAAAUUUAAGGUGCAAGGCUGUUAUUAUUUGCUGGAAACGAUCGAGGAUAUGCCGGAAAAUGAUAGCUCCGGGGAAUAUAUUGAUAGUGCCUUUGAUAAUUUAGAAGCUAUGUUCGGAGCUAACGCGUUUAGUAAACUGGCAGGUUACAUAACUUGUUCGGAGUUUGGUCUCACUGAGCUGGAGUUGUUGGAACUUUUGAUGCCUACGAGUAACAGCGAGGCUGUUAUUACACUCAAGGACGCGAACUUUAACUUCUCAACUUUGUGUGUCGCUAAAUAUAUGAUGUUGAAAUCGUUAAUCAGCGAAAAUGUGGUAUCCGGCCGCAGUACAUGGCGGUGGCGAGCCGCUUCCGCAAGUGCAAGAGCGAGACGGCGAUAUGUACGAGUCCAAAGUGCACUACGGGAUGCACAUUCAGACUUAGCUGCUUUGCACUUUGCAAGCUUUCUGAGUGACCCUGAUGAUACAGACACAUCGGAAACGCAGGAGCCUGGUUGUGUGGAGGAUGAUGACGCGCUCCUGGACUCGACUCCAUUCCAUUCAGCUAGUCGUACUGCGGCGGCUUUUACUCAGCGUCACGUGGAGGAAUCAUGGCUCCAUCUACUUUUAGCUGGAGACUUUACGAAACUAAAGGAUUUGACUGUCUGCAACUUUGACUUUUUACUAGCGGCGGUACAAACAGUAACAAUAUCAUACCUUCGUUGUAUAUUGGAACAUGUGAGAUGUUACAUACUGGACCGUGAUGUGGAGUUGGUGUAUGGAGCUGUUAGGAAAGCCAGCGACAUACUUACAAGGGACCCUAUGCAAUUGGGAGCACAGAUAAUUGCUUGGUUGAGACCCGCUGUAGCUCGUCGUGGGGUACUGGCGACGUUGGUGACGGCCGCCAUGGCCUGGUGUGAUGGUUACGACAAACCACUGCUUGUUCCGCUGAAUGGGUGGUUACAUCCACCCAUUGCAUCAACAGUACGAGUGAUGUCUGUGGGUGGUUCAACACCAGGUGCAGGCGCACGCUUACUUCAGCUAGCGCCAUCCGGACAACAUUUAGUGUUAGCACCAUCUGCGGGUGACCCACAACUUUGGCAUGUUAUGUCAAAUUCCAAAGUGCACACAUUCAAAGGUCACUCGGGCAGGAUUCUCUGUAUGUGCGUGACUCGUGAAUCUCAAUAUUUGCUAACCGGUUCCGAAGAUACAAGUGUCAUUGUUUGGGACCUUCACACACUUGCUGUUAAGACAAAGAUAUUGGAACAUAUUGCGCCUGUGUUGUGCGUGGCCGCCAUCGUGAACCGUUCACUUGUGAUCAGCGGAGGGGAAGACUCGGCUGUUAUUGUAACGUCUAUUGUCGACGGGGCUUUGGUAACAAAAUUGGAUCACCACCGCGGUCCCGUGACGUCGGUAAAAGUGAUUCAAGAUGGCGACAUUCUAGUUACUGGAUCACAAGAUGGCACUGUUUGUACAUGGAGUGUUGAUAACUUCAUACUACUCAGUACAAUAUCCGCUGGAGUUCCGAUACAUAUCAUGGAAGUGACAGAUGACAACGUAUUCCUGAUCACACUUCAGGGCGAAAAUGAAUUGCAUUUGAGAACUUUUAUCACUGGCACGUAUUUGCAUCCCCUUAAACGGCAUAAGGCUAAGGUGAAAUGUUUUUGCGUCGCCCACGAUUCAUCGCGCGCCGCAGUCGCCUGCACAGAUCAACGCAUAUACGUAUACAGUCUUCAUAGUGGACAUCUGCUGCGCACACUUGCAGCUGCUCAUGACAUCGCCGCACUUGCUGUUGCUGAUCAAGAUCAUUUUCUUCUUGCUGCUGGAGGAAACCGGGUGACAAUAUAUUCGUUCCACACAGAGGAUAACUUGACGAACUUCAGGCCUACGAAACAAAUGAAGAGACGUCAAACAAAAUCAACGACAAAUAUAUCUAUGUUGCAGGCGGAACAAAGCGAACUAAUACCGAUAAGCUGCUUGGAAGUAUCAAGAGACGGACAGCUCGCUGCCAGUGGCUGUGCAAGAGGCUUGGUUCGCGUCUGGCAGCUGUCCACACACCGGCUCCAAGCAACUCUUAGUGGUCACAUAGGCCACAUCACAUGUGUUACCUUUUCGCCGAAUAAUCUCCUGGUUCUGAGCGGGUCUGAGGAUAGAACUAUUGUUGUUUGGCAGUUAGAUGACAAUUCACCAUCCUUGACAUAUAAGGGUCACUCAGCAGCACUACAAAGUCUUUUAAUGAUGUCGGACGGACGGCGGGCGAUGUCUGGAGACCGCGCGCGCAAUGUUCACGUCUGGUUGGUGGAUUCUGGAAUUGUGCUGCAUUCCACAGCUUGUCCCAGCACUAGUAUUGAUGUCACUCUUAAUAUGAAAUAUGCGGUCCUGUCCGAAGGUGACAACUCUGUCCGUAUCUGGGCUCUAGCUGAUGGUGACGAAGAGAAGCGAUCAGUGUCUCAUGCUGAAAGAGUCACGUGUUUUGCUCUGACGUCGGAUUCGCAUCACGUCGUGACUGGCUCUAUGGAUAUGUCUUUAAAAGUAUGGCAGUUGGAUGGGGGCAAGUUGUCGCAAGUACUAGUGGGUCACUCAGAUAUAGUCACCUGCGUUGCGGUAGCCAUAACGAACAAGACCCAGGUGGUGUCGGGAUCUUGGGACUGCAACUUGAUAGUUUGGGACAUCAACACUGGGACUGAUCUACACUUGCUGUCCGGUCAUCUUGGGAAAGUCACCUGUGUUAAGGUGACUGGUGAUGGCGCCAUUGCAGUUUCUGGUGCGGAGGACAAAACGCUCAUAAUAUGGGAGACUAAACGAGGCCUGGCGUUGACAUCUUUAGCGUUGCACGUGCCUCUGCUCGGGUUCCAGAUAACAAGUGACUGCGCUCGCAUUGUCAUACAUCUGUUGGAUAGAGGUUGUUUGCCGAUAAUAUGUUUACACAACACGCCAGCAACCUACGUAAAGAUACCAACCUACGCUGCGCCCACGAAGGAUGUCGAUGAGCUACGCCCUUUAGCACCGAAGCGUCCUAUGCGAAGGCUGUUGAAGAAAGAGGUUUCGUUGGAUACCUACACGUGGCAGAAGAAAUAUGCGCAUCUCACUUCAGCAGCGAUGAUGGCUCAAGUCGAUGAAAGACUGAAACGAAGGUUCUCCGUAUCAGCAUCGAUGGAAGAAAUAUCGAAAAUACAAGAAGCGAAAAAUAAAGAUUUAGGCUCACAGGUGAGCCUUGGCCCGGAACAGGCAGCGCUGGCGCAAUCACAACAUUUUGAUCAACUCGAAGCCUUAUGGAAUAAGAUAUCACCUCCAAGACGACGGUCUAAUAAGUCUCUAUCAAAACAAAGUUCAUUAAUUGAACGCGUGGACUCGUCUGAUGAAGAGCACACUCCAGUUGAGGAGCAAGAGCACAUGGUGGAAUAGAAAACUCUUCACUUAUCUUAAGUUUAUGUAACCUCAUUAAUUUAAAAUAUGAGCUGGACUCAAAACUAUAUUAAGUUAAACUUUUUAACUACGUGUUAUUUAAUUUUAAAUUGUGUUUUUAAGUAAACUUUAUUUAGUCAACAACUUUAGUCUUGAUUAUAUUUGCUAAGACAGAAAGGAGUUUGCAGAAAAAAUCUUAAUACUACUAAUUAUUAAUAAACGAUUUUAAAUUUGUUUAUUACCUUAAUCAAAUAUCACAGUAUAAUAUUUCACUUUUACAAUAAUGUUGAAAGGGAAUUAAAUUAUUAUUAAUAAAAAAAGAAUUUAGUGUAUUAACAUUCUUUACAUAAGUCGAAGUUCGACUCUAUAAUUUAUUGUCUGUAAGAGACAUAUCUUUCAUACUAUGGACUGCGACAUUUGCGUAUAUAUCAUUUUUUUAGACAUUAAAAUAAAAAAUAAUUUCUAGUCCUUGAGUCACUAAAGAAAAUAUACAAGAGCCUGCGUUGUGAUAUAACGAUUUUGUUGUAUCUAUUUUUACUAUUACUAUUAUUAUUCUCGUUACAGACUCCUUUAUGUCUUAGUAAUAAUUGAUUUAUUCUUAUUUAAUUUAAUUUAAUAAUAAUUUAAUUUAAAUUUUGGACUUUGAGCCUAAAUAGUAGAUUGUUGAAGUAAAUUAGUGUACCUAACGUAAUUCUAAACCUAAAGCCUCUGCGAUGUGAUCUUAUAGUUUUAGCUUCUAAAAGGUUUCUUUCGUUUUCAAAAAGUUGAAAGUUGAAAGAAGCCUCUUUAACAGUGACUUCUAUUUAUCAAGUGUUUGGUUUAUUCAUAAAUGUUCUAAAUUGAAGUUGAAUUUUUAAGAAUUUGAAUUGAAAACAAAUUCAAUACCAGUUUAGUCUUAAGCUUCGUAAGCUAAAUAUACAAAGGAAUAGGGAAAGAGCCUUCAGAUAUACUCAAACGAAUAUAAACAUCAAAAUAAAACAAGUUCUGGAAUGUAAACUGGAUAAAAUUUGAAAAAUAACAUGUAUUUCAAUGUUAUCAAAUAAUUCGUAACAGUAUUGUUAAUAUUCUGAGUAUGGACUUUGUGUAUGUUGAUCAAAUCUGAAAAAACAUGGAAAAAAACCAUUCAACUUUGAUUGGACGACUAUUGUCGUACCUACUAUUGUUGGCAAACUUAUUUGGUCCAAACCUGUUUUUCUUUUAAUUUUUUGCCAAAAUGUUUCUAUAUCUCCUUUCUUAACUCUAGUACUAAAGCGGUAAUAAAUUCUAGGUCUCUCCAGGUGGUAAUAAAUUCCAUUGUAGACCUGCUUAAUAGAAGUCACUGUAUUUCAAACUGUUUAGUGGUAAAAUCGAUGUUUAACGUAAUAAGAAAAGUUUUCCAUAAUUAUUGUUUCAAUGUGCUGUUUAAAUUCGUUCCAGGCGUGAACAGGUUGAUUUCAAUCAUAAUAGACUAAAAUUACCGAAACAUAUCUAAGACAGUCCGACUAAUGCGAGACAUUUCUGUUACUUUUUUUUAUAAAACAGGUGGAAAUCGGGCUUACCUGAUAUUAAGGUAUACGACCGCCCAUGGACGCUCAAAAAGCCAGUGCGUUGGUUUUUAAUUGAUAUGUUUUUUACUAAUGCGCAGACAACGAAAAAUCUAUUUGUGCUCACCCAAAAAAAAAUAGUGCGUGGGAGAAGUGCAACUUCGUAAUGUGGAAAUGAAAAUAAGUAGGGGUAGAAAUUCAUUUUUAGUGGAAUUAUAUUGUUUUUUUAAGACAAAUAACAUUGUUUACAAUUCACAAUUGUUCGCAUCUUUUAAGUAUCAUUUUCGAGUGGAGAAAUAUCCAAAUCUACAACAUUUACAAUGGGAUAAUGACUCUCUUUCCCUCUCCUACUUUCUACCUUUGUGUAUCUUUCUCUCUCUCUUGCGUUGGAAUAUUUGACGCUACUCGUUGCUAACGCUCGCGCUGGUGCAUGUUUUCGAGAGCCACGCUCUCGCUCUGUCUCUUUCUAGCGUUAAACGUUUAACGCAACUUUGUUGAAAGUCGCAUUAGAAGUUUCACUUCAAUAUAAACUCUUGCAACAUAAUAGGCAAUGCGUAAUUUGUAUGGUUGUUGUGUUUUGAUUAGUCACUUGCAGCAUUCAGCUUGCUUGACUUAAACAAACCACAAAGGUCAAUAUGUCAAAACAUUAACACAAACGUAACGUAAAAAAUACUUCUUUAAUAUCGACCUAUUCACGCCUGGUAAAGAGUUAUUGUUACUUAUUGCUAUUAGAAAUUUGCUUUGCAGAUUUGUUUCUCAUUUGUAGUAAAUGUUACACCGAUGUAUCAUUUAUGGGGAUUCGAACCCUGUAAUUGAACUAGUUUUCCAAACUGUGAUCCCUUGUUAAGACUUCUAUUUAAGAGCCUACAUCCUUAAAAUAAGUAUUUAAAACUAGGUACCUAGUUCUUGGUCUAGUACUUAACUUUUACACGUUUAGAAAAAAAAUGUUUGUGGCUUUUUAAACUUUAGAAAAAAACACUUCAAGUCUAUUUGAUUUUACAUGUUUAUUUGUGAUGCAUAUAUUAAUUUGUAAUGUUCAUUUAGCUUCUAAAAUCAUUAAACUGUCAAUAGAAAAUAUAAUAACGAUCAAAUUAAUAUAUCUAAGAAACCAAGAGUUUUUUUGUAUAAUUUAAUUUUUAGGUCAAUAUUAGUUCAGUCAAUGUUUAAACAAAAUAUUUGGUUUUCAGACAAUGAAAUUGUAUAAUUUUUGAGUUAUGAUCGUAUUAAACUUGAAAUUUGCUGAUUAAAACUUAGUCAAAUAUAUAAAUCUGUAUGUUUUUUAUGGGUUGCGAACUAUUUUUGACUCAUUUGAAUUCAGACAAAUAUUUUAAAUUUUCCUUUACUCUAAAGUAGCGUAGUGACUAUUGCUAGAAAAAAUGCAAUAAUAUUUUGUAAGUAGAUGCACGUAUAGGUCUAUUAGUGGAAAUCUCUUUGGAAAAAUAUUUUCAUGUUAAACUGUAACUUCACGAUGUUAAAUGCUUACUGUAUUAUUUUAACUGUAAGAACAAUAUUUUUGUGGCAGAUGAAAGUUUAACACUGCGUAGACCGGAUUUAAUAUUAAAUGUCAUUUUAUCAAUUUUUUAAAUUAAUUUUAGAUAUGGACGCAGUCUAGGAUCACAGUCAAUCUCAUAGGAAAAAAAUAAUAGUAAAAUUCUAACGUAAUGAACUACUUAUUCGUGGUGAAACGAAGACAGAAAAAAUAAUAAAGGGAUAAAAGCUUAUAGAAAGACUACAACCUCUUUAGGUCUUGGCCUCAGAUUUCUGAAUCUGUUUCAUGAUCAUUAAAUCUAAUAGGCAAGUAGGUGAUCAGCCUCCAGUGCCUGACACACGCCAUCGACUUUUUGGGUUAAGAUAUGUCGGUUUCCUCACGAUGUUUUCCUUCACCGUUCGAGCAAAUGUUAAAUGCGCACAUAGAAAUCACAUUGGUGCACAGCCGGGAAUCGAACCUACGACCUCAGGUUAACAAACACUGCUCAACUCGACUGCGUUUUAUACAUAACAUUAAAACUUUUGUGAACACAGUAAAGCUUAGUUUCAUAUAUCUAUAUCAAAAACGGUGUAGAGGAGUGUUAGCCAAGCUUUUUCUUACUAAUAAAAUACGUAACACGAAAAUAUUGUUCUUAUGGCCUGACAGGAAAGUCUCGAUAGGUAACCUAUCCUUGUUGACUAUUUGUAUGGAACUUUUAUAAUUAAUAUUCGGCACAAACAAUGUUUAUUUUAGACCUGUCGUUGAUACUUGGUAAUAAAAUCUCUGUGUUUCCUUAA